GGGUGCAGCCGCUGUUGCUAAUGCGGAGUAUUUUAAUUGGUACUUUUCCUUUAUCCGUUUCUCUCUCUUUCUGUAACCAGUAACCUCUCCUCUCUCUUUCUCUCGAUCUCGAAUUCUCGAAUCUCUCCUUUCGCUGCUUCGGGUCCUAAAAAAGCCUGCGUUCAGGACCCAUCUCAUUAAUCACGGAUUCGAUCCUAGUGACCGAAUUUCUUCCUUCUCUCCUUCUUGAUGCAGCAAAAGUUGAAGCUUAGUGAUGGUAAUGCGGUGGGCAUAGUGGUUAUUCAUUGACCCACGUCUAUGGAUUCUCCUCCUUUCGAGGGAGUUGUACUUGAUCCAUCAAAGUGCAGUAUGUUGAGUAUGGAGGAAAAGAGAGAACUUGUUUAUGAACCGUCCAAGUGGUCGCACGGAGCCCCUGAAAUGCUACAAUCCUGGAGCAGACAAGAGAUUUUGCAGAUACUGUGUGCAGAAAUGGGAAAAGAAAGGAAAUAUACUGGCUUGACAAAGUUGAAAAUCAUCGAACACCUAUUGAGAGUCAUAGCUGAGAAGAAAUCACAGGGGAAUGACACAGCCGAAAACCCCGAUCCACAGUGUUCACCUUCAGUUGAGCAAAGAGCUUCCAAACGGCAGAGAAAAACUGAUCAACCUAGUCGCCUUGCUGUUGCUGUGAACAGUAUAGUUGUGGACAGCAGUGAAAGUGAUAUGAUAAAUACUAUAUACUGCAAAAACUCAGCUUGCAAAGCUAAAUUAAGUCAAAAGGAUGUAUUUUGCAAGAGGUGCUCGUGUUGUAUUUGUUCUCUGUACGAUGACAACAAGGACCCUAGCUUGUGGUUAACUUGCAGCUCGGAGCCUCCCUAUCCAGGUGAUGCUUGCGGCAUGUCAUGUCAUUUGGAAUGUGCUUUAAGGCAUAACAAAUCUGGCAUUGCAAAAGAUGGGAUGGACGGAAGUUUCUCUUGUGUGGCUUGCGGGAAGCUGAAUGAUCUGCUUGGAUGCUGGAGAAAACAACUUAUCACGGCGAAGGAAACCAGGCGGGUGGAUAUAUUGUGCUACCGUGUCUCCUUGAGCCAGAAGCUUCUUGUUGGUACCAAAUAUUACCAAAACCUUUAUGAACUUGUUGAUGGGGCAGUGAAGAAGCUUGAAGAAGACGUGGGUCCUUUAACUGGUUUACCUGUGAAGAAUGCAAGGGGUAUCGUCAACAGGCUUUCUUCGGGUCCAGACGUUCAAAGACUCUGUGCCUUGGCAGUAGAGUCUCUGGAUUCAAUGCUUUCGAAAGCUCUUCGCUAUGUGUCAUCCAAUUAUCAGAAUCAAGAAUCCACUUUGAUAGCUUCAAAUAUAAUCCAGUUCGGAGAGGUGUGCACUUCAUCUGUUACCUUGAUAUUGGGUUCUAAAGCUCCUGCGCUGGGAAAUGUUGGGGGUUAUACCUUGUGGCAUCGUAAAGUUGAAGAUGGGGACUACCUAGAAGAACCUACUUGUACAUUGUUCACACCGAAUAUGAGGUUUUUGCUGUCUGGUCUGAGUCCAGCAACCGAAUAUGUUGUCAAGGUUGUUUGCUUUAAUAGCACUAAAGAGUUGGGUAAGUGUGAAGUUCCAUUCCGAACGGGUACUGAAGAUGAUGUCGCCACUCCAAAUAACAUCGAAGUUGUAGGAAGUGAAAGCCCAGCAACCAACUGCAGUAGUUUAUCUAAUCCAUCUUCUGUGGAAGAUGAAAAUACUACUGUCGUUCUCUGUAGCAAUGAAACUCAGAAGAGAGAGGACACUAGUUUUACUUAUUGCAAGGACAAGAACACUGAGAAAACUGCUUCUGCAAAUCUGUCGAAUGAUAUAAAUUUGGGAGAUCCUGCAUCUUCAUUGGAUGAGGAAGGAGCAAAAGGGAGAAUUAAUUCUGUCCCAAGUUCUAUUGAAUUAAAUCUUGAGAAUAAGGGUUCACAAGAAGAACAGGGGACGAGCGCAGACAGUGGAUCACAUACCCAUAUUCAGACAGGUAUGGAAUGUGUUGUGCCAUUGGUGGGUAGCUCAGAAGCCGAUUUGCCCAUUACUCCUUGCAAGUUGGAAAAUAACAAAGACGUGGCAAGAAACGGGAGGUUGAAGCCCAGCAACAAGGUUAGCGAUAACGUGUCCGGGAGGGAAGAGGAGCAUUCUGGUAACAGUAAUAGGGAUUUCGAGUAUUAUGUGAAAGUGAUCAGGUGGUUGGAAUGCGAGGGUCAUAUUGAGACGGCAUUUAGGCAGAAAUUUCUGACCUGGUAUAGCUUGAGAGCAACACCACAAGAAAUGAGGGUAGUGAAGGUGUUUGUGGAUACUCUUAUUGAUGAUCCAGUGUCUCUAGCAGGGCAGCUUGUCGACUCUUUUUCUGAAACAAUUUCGAGCAAGAGAUCUUCUGAUGUGCCAUCUGGGUUUUGCCCGAAACUUUGGCAUUAACAAAGCUUCAGGCAAAAAAGCAUCAGAAAAUGUCCCAACACUGAUCCGAACCCGACUUGGGUUGUGGAGCGGUAUUUCGUUGGACCGUUGAGAAAAUGUCUCAACAUUCUUCAUUUAUAGAUUUUAGGCUAUUGUUUCCAUUGAAUUUGAUUUCUAGCAUCUGCUAUUGUCGUGACGUAAAAAACAUCAGAAGUCAUUUUCUUCUGUAGCGCAACCAUCAUUGAUAAGUAAUGCUUUAUUUGGGUAGGCCUAUAAUAA